CGUCGCUCUACGUCACAUCUCUGCGGGACCAGCGCGUUCAUGUACAACCGAAUGGCGAACGGCCGAGCUAGCGCACGCGAAUCUCUCUUCUCAGGGGCCUCUUCGCGAACUCAGACGGGAGGGAAUGUAGACAACGGAGAGCAGGCCAAGCGGCUGCUCGAAGAACAAAACGACGAGCAGAUCAGUCACUUGUCGCUACAGAUCACGCAACUGAAGCAGCUCUCGGGUAAUAUUCAUGCGGAGGUUGUGGAUCAGAACAGCUUCUUGGACAGCAUGGGCAAAGAGUUCGAUAACACGGAAGGCCUGCUUGGCGGCACAAUGAAGCGACUUGGCGUGAUGAUGGAGCAGGGCGGAAGUAAGCACAUGCUGUAUCUCAUCAUGUUCGUCGUCGUGGUGUUUGUGCUGCUCUACUUCACCAUCCGAUCUCACUAGAAAGGGUAAUCAAACACGACGCCACUUUUUUCUCUGUCU